CUCACGCACUGGGGGAGGAAGGGCGCGCAACCAGCAACUGGUGAUUCAGAACCAAUGAAUCCAGUAACAAAGGCAAAGGAGCAAAUCGUAUGUUUUCACAUCAUCUUUAAUUGAAUGGAAUGCGAAUACUCCACUGUGGUAGCCCAGUGCUUGCCUUGAAUAUAGAUAAUGGGCUGUGUGCAAUGCAAGGAUAAAGAGGCAACCAAACUCACAGACGACAGAGAAACUAGUGUCUCACAGCAUGCAGGAUAUCGAUAUGGGUCUGAUCCGACACCUCAGCACUACCCCAGCUUUGGAGUCACCACUAUACCCAACUACAACAACUUCCAUGCACCUGUCAGUCAAGGAGUGACUGUGUUUGGUGGAGUGAACUCUUCUUCACACUCCGGAACACUACGAUCCCGGGGUGGAACAGGAGUAACACUCUUUGUAGCACUUUAUGAUUAUGAAGCAAGGUCAGAGGAUGACCUCAGCUUCAGGAAAGGGGAAAAGUUCCAGAUUCUAAAUAGCACGGAAGGAGACUGGUGGGAGGCGCGCUCUCUCACUACAGGUGGAACAGGAUACAUACCCAGUAAUUAUGUGGCUCCAGUAGACUCCAUACAGGCAGAAGAUUGGUAUUUUGGAAAACUUGGCCGUAAAGAUGCAGAACGGCAACUCUUGUCAAAUGGAAAUCCCAGAGGCACUUUCCUUAUAAGAGAGAGUGAGACCACAAAAGGAGCAUAUUCAUUGUCCAUACAGGACUGGGAUGAAACUAAAGGCGACCACGUGAAGCACUACAAGAUCCGCAAAUUGGACAAUGGAGGAUAUUACAUCACCACUAGAGCUCAGUUCGAAACUCUGCAGCAGCUUGUGCACCAUUAUUCUGCCCGGGCUGCAGGGCUUUGUUGCCGUUUAAUAGUCCCAUGUCAUAAAGGCAUGCCCCGCCUUGCUGACCUGUCUGUCAAAACCAAAGAUGUAUGGGAGAUCCCACGGGAGUCACUUCAGCUCAUCAAACGAUUGGGGAAUGGACAGUUCGGAGAGGUCUGGAUGGGCACAUGGAAUGGCAAUACUAAAGUGGCAGUGAAGACCUUGAAACCGGGCACAAUGUCCCCAGAGUCGUUCCUGGAGGAGGCUCAGAUAAUGAAGAAACUGAGGCAUGACAAGCUAGUGCAGCUUUAUGCGGUCGUCUCUGAAGAACCCAUCUACAUUGUGACAGAAUAUAUGAGCAAAGGAAGCCUGCUGGAUUUCUUGAAGGAUGGUGAAGGACGUGGGCUAAAAUUGCCAAAUUUAGUGGACAUGGCCGCUCAGGUUAGUAAAAUCAUGGCUUACAUUGAAAGGAUGAACUACAUCCACAGAGAUCUCCGGUCUGCCAAUAUACUUGUUGGGGACAGCUUAGUGUGCAAGAUUGCAGAUUUUGGACUGGCAAGACUAAUAGAGGACAAUGAAUACACAGCACGACAAGGUGCCAAGUUCCCAAUCAAGUGGACGGCUCCAGAGGCAGCACUCUAUGGAAGGUUUACCAUCAAGUCAGACGUGUGGUCAUUUGGAAUACUUCUCACAGAGCUGGUCACCAAAGGACGCGUGCCCUAUCCAGGCAUGAACAACCGAGAAGUCUUGGAGCAAGUUGAGCGUGGUUACAGGAUGCCCUGCCCCCAGGACUGUCCCAGCUCCCUGCACGAGCUCAUGCUCCAAUGCUGGAAGAGGGACCCCGAGGAGCGGCCCACCUUUGAGUACCUACAGGCCUUCCUGGAGGAUUACUUCACUGCCACUGAACCACAAUACCAACCCGGAGACAACCUCUAAACAUGGAGCUCCUGCAGAGUACAGAGUAUGCCACAACAGACUGCCCUUCAAAAGAC